UAGCGCGCGCCGCCGCUAUUUCCUAUGUCAUACCUAAUGAAAUUUUGACGUUUCUUUUUUUUUCUGUGUUGAUUGCAGCAAGACCAACAUAAUGAAGCUCAACGUUUCUUAUCCCGCUACGGGAUGCCAAAAGCUCUUCGAAGUUGUCGAUGAACACAAAUUGCGUGUGUUCUACGAGAAGCGUAUGGGCCAAGUUGUGGAAGCCGAUAUUCUGGGUGAUGAAUGGAAGGGCUACCAGCUCCGCAUCUCGGGCGGCAACGACAAGCAGGGUUUCCCCAUGAAGCAGGGCGUGCUCAGCCACGGUCGUGUGCGUUUGCUUUUGAAGAAGGGUCACUCUUGCUAUCGCCCACGCCGUACUGGUGAGCGCAAGCGCAAAUCUGUGCGUGGCUGCAUUGUGGAUGCCAACAUGUCUGUGCUGGCUCUGGUUGUGGUCAAGAAGGGUGAGGUAGAUAUUGCCGGUCUGACCGACACCGUUGUCCCACGUCGUCUGGGUCCCAAGCGUGCCAGCAAAAUCCGCAAGCUGUACAACUUGACCAAGGAGGAUGAUGUCCGUCGCUAUGUUGUGCGUCGCCCACUGCCCGCCAAGGAGAACAAGAAGGCCACCUCCAAGGCACCCAAGAUCCAGCGUCUCAUCACGCCCGUUGUCCUGCAGCGCAAGCACAGACGCGCUGCAUUGAAGAAGAAGCGCCAGACAGCUUCCAAGGAGGCUGCUGCCGAUUAUGCCAAAUUGUUGGUUCAGCGCAAGAAGGAGUCCAAGGCCAAGCGUGAUGAAGCCAAGCGUCGUCGCUCUGCUUCCAUCCGCGAGUCCAAGAGCUCCGUCUCAAGUGACAAGAAGUAAACAACAAUUAAGUACAGCAACAACACACACUAAAAAUUCAAAGUGGCGGACUAAAACAACAACAAGCAAAUA